UAUCUUAGCCUGCUCAGCCGAAAUGGGAGAAAAACUGGGACGGAGGGAGUAGUAUAUUGGUGAUGUGCGACUAAAUCGAGUAUUGUCAUAUCAGCUGCUACGGAGUAAUACUCUGCAGUAAAUUAGCAAGUUGAGUCGAAAUGGACUGCCUCAAUCCGCCACAUCUUCCAGUCGAGCCACCGCCGGGAAUACCACCGGUAACAGGAGAUUCCGGAUCCCAAUACCGCAACGACGACAGCAAAUCUGCGAUGCAAAACUUCCGAUCUCUUAUGAUGAAAGCAGUCAUUGCAUCUCUGGGAAACAACACCCUAACCCUGGCGCAGAGCUCGGUCGUUGAAGAAGCGCUUUGUCAGUGCUUCCCUCUUCUCAGAGCUCCUGAUCAUCCUCCUUACGCUUGGAUGAUUAGAACAGCAAUUGAGAAGCUAAAAGAGGAAGGCGGUUCAAGCGAGUGUGCAAUAUCAAAGUGUAUAAUGAGUGACAACCCCGAGUUGCCAUGGGCCCACUCAACUCUACUUAAAUGCCAUUUGACGAAGCUUUGUGAGAAGGGUGAUAUAGUCCGGACUCAAGAUGGACUUUAUUUGCUGAAUUACCAAAAUAACCUCAUCCCGCAUAUUCCAAACAGCACUUUAAACAGUACCAUUUGUAGCCUUAGCUUAGACCCGAGCUCGAAUUCUCCUGACAGUGAUAGCACUACCAGUGUUUCCCCAAUGAGAAAACGGAGAAAGAGGAAGAGGAAAUUAAAGAAAGUGGGUAUCAAGAAGAGACUGGGAAGACCACCCAAGAAGAAAAACAUCCUUUUGAAGCAAAAGAGGAAGGUUCGGGGUAGGCCCCCGAAGAAAGAAAAGUGGAACAAAAAAGUUUCUUCUUUGGAACAAGAAUCAUUUAAUGCUAUUGAAGCAACACAUAACCAAAUGGACUGGCAGAACGUGGAGGUACCGCCGGUCCCAACUAAUGUAGGUUUAGAGGUGCAAAAUCUGGUGGUAAAAGCCAGAAGUGAUAUCAUAGGAAUAAGAAAUGAAGGAGAAGAACAGAAGAUGAUAAAAGGUCUAAAACCGUCAAGAUUGAAGAACACUUGCAGUCAACCAGAAGCAGAAGGGCAACUUGGUCAUUUAAAAGGAAAAAGUGAAAUGAUUUCAGAAGCAGAUAGAAAGGAAAACGUCUGUAUGAAGCCAAAGAGGAAACCUAGGGGUAGGCCCCCGAAGAAAGUAAAUUGGAAUGAAAAAGUUUCUUCUUUGGAAGAAGAGACAUUUAAUGCUACUGAAACAACAAAUAUCCAAAUGGAGUGGCAGAACGUGGAAGUACCGGUGGUCCACAUGGGUGCAGGAUCCGAGGAUCAAAAUCCAGUGGUAGAAGGAAGAAGUGAUGUCAUAGAAGCAGAAAAUGAAAGACAAGAAAAUGAGAUGAUGAAAGGACUAAAUCCAUCAAGUUUGGAGAACACUGACAGUCAACCAGAAGCAGAUGGGCAAUUUGGUCAAUUAAAAGAAAAAAGUGGGAUGAAUUCAGAAACAACUACAAAGGAAAACAUCCGUAUGAAGCCAAAGAGGAAGGCUAGGGGUAGGCCCCCGAAGAAAGUAAAUGUGAAUGAACAAGUUUCUUCUUUGGAAGAAGAGACAUUUAAUGCUACUGAAACAACCAAUAUCCAAAUGGAGUGGCAGAACGUGGAAGUACCGGUGGUCCCCACGGGUGUAGGAUCCGAGGAGCAAAAUCCUGUGGUAGAUGGAAGAAGUGAUAUCAUAGAAGCAGAAAAUGAAAGAGAAAAAGAAAAUGAGAUGAUGAAAGGACUAAAUCCAACAAGAUUGGAAAACACCGACUGUCAACCAGAAGCAGAUGGGCAAUUUGGUCAAUUACAAGGAAAAAGUGAGAUAAAUUCACAAACAGCGACAAAGGAAAACAUCGGUACGAAGCCAAGGAGGAAGACUAGGGGUAGGCCCCGGAAGAAAGUAAAUUGGAAUGAAAAUGUUUCUUCUUUGGAAGAAGAGACAUUUAAUGCUACUGAAAGAACAAAUAUCCAAAUGGAGUGGCAGAACGUGGAAGUAUCGGUGGUCCCCACGGGUGUAAGAUCCGAGGAGCAAAAUCCAGUGGUAGAAGGAAGAAGUGAUAUCAUAGAAGCAGAAAAUGAAAGAGAAGAAGAAAAUGAGAUGAUGAAAGGACCGAGUCCAACAAGAUUGGAAAACACCGACUGUCAACUAGGAGAGGGGCAAAUUGGUCAAUCAAAGGGAAAAAGUGAGAUGAGUUCAGAAGCAGCUAUGAAGAAAAAUAUCUCUUUGAUUCCAAAGAGGAAGGUUCGGGGUAGGCCCCCCAAGAUUUUAAAGAUGAAAGAAAAAGUUUCUUCUUCAGAUGAAGUGGCAAUUAAUGCUAUUGAAGCAACCGAUAAGCAAAUGGAGUGGCAGAAAGUGGAAGUACAGGCGGUCCCCAUGGAUGUAGUAACACAGGAGCAAAAUGCGGUCGUGCGAGCAACAAGUGAUGUGAUAGAAACAGAAAAUGAACAAGAAGAAGAAGAAGAGGAGGUGAUGAAAGAACAAAAUCUAUCAGUAUUGGAGAUUAAGGACAGUCCAUUAGAGGCAGAUUUGAAUGCAGAAGCAGCUAAUAAAAUGGGAUUGCAAGAACAUAAUCUAUCAGAAUUAGUGGUGCCAAUGGAAGAAGAGUGCAAUCAAGAGGAGAUUCUAAUGGAAGAAAAUAUUGCAGAAGUAGAGGCUAUGAAUGGAAAUCAAGCUGAGAAAGAAAGUAAAGAAGACAAUAAUCCGGGGACUAUAAAAGCAGACAAAAUGGAUCAGGGUUGUAGCACACAUUUAAUUGUACAAAAUCUGGGAGAUCAGGCUGCAAAGCAAAAUUUAGCUAAUGAGACCAACACGUCUGCAAAAGAAUCAGGAGUUAAAAUAGAGAAGCAAAUGAAGAAUAGAGUUUUCAGAAAAUGUUCCCAGAACGGGGGAAUAGAAAUGGUUGCUUCUCCAAAAACUGAUGACUUUGGAGCAGGAAGGUGCCUUAGAUCCAGAGGAAAGAUUCAACCUGCACAAAGACUGGAGACUCUUCAGAAGACCACUAUAUUUUGCAGUGAGAUCCCGAAACAUGAAGGUAAUACCCUGGUGCCAAACAGACCCGAAGAAACUGGAACAAAAGCGAAUUGUGAACAUGAACAAGAAAUAGUUGCUUGUGGAGAUCAUCAUAGUCAUGUGGAAGAACAAAUGGUUGAGUGUGAUAAUGAAAUAAUGAGCUUUCAAUUCCAACAGAAUAAGAUAGCAGCUCCCAUGGUGGAAACACAACAAGCACAGUUUCAGCAACCAAAUCAUAGACAGUUAAGGUCUCGCACUCCCAAGAUUGAGCCAGGUACUGAAGUGCAGAGAGUUUUGCAGAGGGUUUGUUCACUGCCAGCAAUAAAAAAAGUUGAUAGAAAAAUAGAACCAGGUUCUGAAGAGAAGAAUGUUGUGCAAAGCGCUUCAUCAGCACCGGCAACAAGAAUUGUCACUAGGAAAAUGGCAGCUGCUACUGCCAGUUACAUCUCUCCAUAUUUUUCACUUGAUGAAAAGAAACAAGAACAACAGAAGACAAAGAAUUUCUCAAAGAAUCAAGUAGAUGAAGGAGUAUCUUCCAUGCCUAGGCGCUCAGCGCGCCUUGCUAUGGAACAGUAAAAAUGGAGUCAAGUAGCAAAUUUGAGGAAUGCAGCAUUGCUCUAAGGGGAGAAAGCAUGAAUGUAAACAUAAUUGCCACAAGGAUGAUGACUUAUGGUGGUAAGCAUUGGCCUUGGCGGCGUUGAAGCUAGACGGCGACGGAAAUAGUAAUAUUAAAAGUAGAAUUUAGGCAGAAAGGUGAUAAUUGAACUUUUACAUAUAACGUUGUUUUCAAUUUAAAUGCUAUGAGAGGGUUUGGCAAUCAGUGAUAGUUUUUAGUUCACUUAGUUUAUAGUGGAUUCUAUCUGUGCAUUGAUGUCAACAGAUUCUGUUUUGAUUAGCAACUUGAAGUAAAAUAUUUCAUAAAUUAGUUGUUCACGAUUAGCUAUUAAGACGUUAAAAAAUUAGUAAGAACCGGAUGAAAAAUAUACUACAUGGAGUAAAACAUAAUCCCUCGUCCCAUUAGAAGGUUCCCAC